UACAUAAUCUUCCACCUUUUAUUACAAAACUCUAAAAUAAAAUAAACCCGACACUCUCUUAAAUUAUGUCUUAUUACGAAUGGCAUGUUCUCCCUCAACAAUAUACUAUGAUUAUAACAUAAAACAACCUCAAACAUUAAAUUGAGCCCAUAAUUGUCCUAUCCUUCGAAAGUCAAAUACAAAUUAUUUUUGUACGUAGUAUAUAUGAAGGUGAAGGCCUCUCUGGUUCCAUACAUAAAAAAACCAAGCAGAGUAGCAAUCAUGAUCAAAAGAUGGAGAAACAAUUUGAAGAAGAAGAAACCAAACAACAGCAGCAGCAUAGCAAACAAAUGGCAACAACUCAGUGGUGAAAAUCAUUGGAUAGGUCUAUUAGACCCUCUUGACAUUGAUCUACGACGUUACAUAAUCCACUAUGGUGAAAUGGCACAAGCAACAUACGAUGCUUUCAACACAGAGAAAGCAUCAAAGUUUGCAGGUAGUUGUAGGUAUGCAAAGAAUGAUUUCUUUUCUAAAGUUUUUUUAGAAAAUGGAAAUCCUUUUAAAUAUUCUGUGACAAAAUUUAUUUAUGCGACUUCCGAAAUCAAUGUUCCGGAAGCGUUUAUUAUAAAGUCUUUAUCUAGAGAAGCUUGGAGUAAGGAAUCAAAUUGGAUUGGAUUUGUUGCUGUGGCUAAUGAUGAAGGGAAAGAUGUGUUGGGGAGAAGGGAUAUUGUGAUUGCUUGGAGAGGAACGAUUCAAACAUUGGAAUGGGUUAAUGAUCUUCAGUUUCUUUUGGUUUCUGCUCCUAAAGUAUUUGGUAAUAGCAAUAAUAUUAAUGAUCCUAAAGUGCAUCAAGGUUGGUACUCCAUUUAUACUUCUGAAGAUCCACGAUCUCCCUUCAGUAAGACCAGUGCCCGAAACCAGGUCUUAAGUGAGGUAAGAAGGUUGGUGGAGAAAUACAAGAAUGAAGAAAUAAGCAUAACUAUAACAGGUCACAGUUUAGGUGCUGCAAUUGCAACUCUAAAUGCAGUGGACAUUGUUACAAAUGGUUUUAACAAGCCAAGUGAUCCAUCUCUUAAAGCAUCACCAGUUACAGCCAUAGUAUUUGCUAGCCCUAGAGUUGGUGACACAAACUUUCAAAAGCUUUUUUCUAGCUACAAAGAUCUUUCAACAUUACGCAUUCGAAAUGAGUUAGAUAUUGUUCCAAACUACCCUUUUAUUGGAUAUUCAGAUGUUGGUGAAGAGUUGAAAAUUGACACAAGAAAAUCUAUGUAUUUAAAGAGUCCAGGGAAUAUUUUAAGUUGGCAUAAUUUGGAGGCUUAUUUGCAUGGAGUGGCAGGAACACAAGGGAGUAAAAGAGUGUUCAAACUUGAGGUUAAUCGUGAUAUUGCACUUGUGAAUAAAACAUUGGAUGGUUUAAAAGAUGAAUACCUUGUGCCAGUGUCAUGGAGGGUUGUAGAGAAUAAGGGUAUGGUUCAACAAUUAGAUGGUUCAUGGAAGCUUAUAGAUCAUGAGGAUGACGAAUUUUAAUUAAUUCUUGAUAUAAUUGAGAAUUUAUUCUUAUUCAUUGUUAUCAUUCUCUUUAAAGUUUGAGGUGUCAUUUUGUGCUAUUGCGUGUCUAAAUCAUUUUAGAAAAAUUAUAUCUUACGACAAUUGUUAAUUCUAAAAGAUGGUUGACUUGUACUAGUGUUUCUUCAUGUAUGAACAUUAUAAUAGUGUUUGGCCCUCCUUUGGGCUUUGAUUAAUAAA